CGUUAGCCAUUAUUGCACGCCUGUACAUAUUCGUGUACAUCCUCCCGUGUUCUGCCAAAAUGAUGCGACCGGUCUUGCUGUUUUCUGCCGUUUUCUGUGCUUUGGCUGCGGCUUCUGACGUUGUCGAGCUUGGAGAUGCCAACUUUCAAUCGACGCUUGAAGGAUUCGAUACGGCUUUGGUGAAAUUUUAUGCACCAUGGUGUGGCCAUUGUAAAAGAUUAGCUCCUGAAUUUGAUGAUGCCUCCUCUAGAUUGCUUGCAAACGACCCACCAGUUCAUUUAGUCAAGGUGGACUGCACAGCAGAUGGGAAAGAUUCCUGCAGUAAGCAUGGUGUCUCAGGCUACCCAACGCUGAAAAUCUUCAAGAAUGGUGAAGUGGCAUCAGAUUACGACGGCCCAAGACAAGCCGAUGGUAUUGUUUCCUUCAUGAAGAAGCAGGCCGGACCAUCGUCCAAGGAAAUGAGCACUGCCGCUGAAAUCAAGGACUUCACAGCAGCUGCAGGAACUGAUCACAGUGUUGUUGGCUUCUUCACUAGUGAUACGAGUGCUUUGGCCAAGUCAUUUAAGAAGUUUGCUGAUAAGAGCGACCUCUUCCGUUUCGGACACACGUAUGAUGCAGAUGCUGCCAAUGAGUUGGGGAAAAAAGAUACUGUGGUCGUUUACCGUCCAGCCUCAAUGUCGACCCCGUUGGAAGAAUCCACUGUAACAUAUGAAGCUGGAGUGGAUCUAGAAACGUGGAUCAAAGAAAAUGCGUUUGGGGUUGUUGGUCUUAAAACUGCAGGAAAUGAGGGGUACUUCAAGUCACGACCACUGUGCACUGUCUACUAUGAUGUGGACUACUUACACAAUGCCAAGGGAUCAAACUACUGGAGAAACAGGGUAAUGAAGGUCGGAAAGAAAUUUGUCAACAAAGAAGCCUUCUUUGCCAUUGCCAACCUUGCUGCCAUGACGCAAGAAGCUCAAGAAUGUGGUCUGGCCGCUGAACCAGGUUCCAAGGAUCCGAUCGUCUGCUGCAAGGACCAGAAAGAACGCAAAUACAAAAUGACAGAAAAAUUCAGUUUAAAGACAUUUGAAAGUUUUGUCAACAGCUUUUUGGAUGGAAAAGUUGAGGCGUUUAUAAAAUCUGAACCAGUACCAGCCAGCAAUGAUGGUCCAGUUAAGGUUGUGGUUGGAUCAGAAUUCGACAAGAUAGUCAAUGAUGAGACUAAGGAUGUACUUAUUGAAUUUUAUGCACCGUGGUGUGGCCACUGCAAAAGUUUAGAACCAAAAUAUAAUGAAUUAGGAGAAAAGCUCAAAGCCAAUGAAAACCUUGUAAUUGCAAAGAUGGAUGCCACUGCUAAUGAUGUGCCUGCUCCUUAUGAUGUGAGAGGGUUCCCAACUAUUUACUUCUCACCAAAAGGAGAUAAACAGAACCCAAAGAAAUACGAGAUGGGCCGUGAAGUGCCAGACUUUAUCAAGUACCUAAAGAACGAGGCGUCCGACCCAAUCGUUGAGGCCAAGUCUGAACUAUAACUCCCCAAUUCACUAGACAAUUUUAAAGUGUGAAGAGGAUACCCAACAUACUGCAUCCAAACAAAAAGAAAUUAUUCCAUCAAAAAUUCUUGCUUUGUCCUUUAUUUGAAUGGACCCAUAGGUGCCUGAGUGCAAAAACUCUUAUGACAAGCUUUCCUUGAGUAUUGGGUAUCCUCAUUGAGAUUUUUAUUUGAUACUUCAUGUACUCUAGUAAUUUUUGAUAAAAACUCUCAGUCUGGCGAUCUUAGAUGAUUGGAUGUUUUUUCUUCCAACCUUGAAAAGUAUUGUUUCUCUUGAUCUCCAACUGUAAUUAUUGUAAACUGGGAAUUUUUGCAGACGUCUUACUUUCACAAUUUUUGCACUGCAGAAUGAGAACUUAAAACAGGCAAAAAUGUCAGCUGUGUUGCAUUAACCAUGAAAAUAUAUGGCAGUUAAAUUUUGUCAACGCUCACUGAAAGUAUUUGCAAAGCGUUGCAAAUAUAUCCUCGACUCUGCAGUUACAUUCACAACAAGAACAUCUUCUCAAAGGGGUUGGGUAGUUGCUGAAAUAAAGGAAGUUGGUAUCUCUUUAACUGACCAUGUGUAAAUACCUGAUGACAAUUGUUUUUUACCUUUAAGUAUUUACACUGCAAUUUUUCUUCACUGUGGGUGCAUUUUAUAAAUGUUCCAGUGUCAUUUCCACGUGUGAUUCUUUUUAUAAUGAAAAAAUGGUGUCUCAAAAAUUCUAAGAAGGGCAUGGAGUGCAAUUACUAUCUGAGGCUUGCAUGUUACAGCCAACAGUCAGGCACUCCUUUCUAAACUAUUUUCCCCCAGAUACAUGUACUAUUACCAAACUCUGGUUGGUUGGCAAUAAAAUUUAAAAGCUAAUUUAUAUGUUAUAUGAUAAAAUUAGUGCGAGCAAUUCAUCUAGUUUGUAUACAAUUUAACCUUGCUGACAGAUACACUGACCAGCACUUAGUGUAGUAAUAUGUGGUUCUUGGGCAAUGUCCCACUGUAUACAUCAGCUACCAUUCAUGUGCAACGAAAUGUCCAAUUUUUCUGUAUGGUGCAGGUACAUAACUGUGCUUUGUGUACUAAAUGUCGGAAGUAUCUAUUUGUGCUUGUGGGCAUGUUCACCCUUAUCUCCUCAUUCCAAACUAACUGUAUGUGGAGGGCACAUGGAAGGCUGUGCCUGUCGUUGAAGACAUGUCCAUUUCAUUCAAUCUAGACCUGUCAAGGGUUAACUUUUUCUUGGCCUGUACCAUUCUGGUCUGGAUGCGCAGAAUCCUUGACAAGGCCUAUUAUUAUGUUAACCCUUGAUGUUGAAGUGUAUGAAACUUAUACUUUAACUCUUUACCGAACAAAAUGCUUGGUGUGCCAUUGUAGAUUGAUGUUGACCUUUAGUCAUAAGAAUCUAUUCCUCGUUAACCACUGUAAACGAACAUACAGGCUCAAUUCCAGAAUGGGAUAAUGGCUGAACUGAACUGGGUGAAAUACAGAGGUAGUGCCAGUUGAGAGAAUUGGUUCGAUAUGUCCAAGGUCGAAAUACCUGCCAGACAAAAGAGAGAGUAGGUUGUACGUUUGUCUUCACUGGUUAUCCUGUUCAUAUUGCUGAGAUAUUUGUUAGGAAAUCAUACAAGUUAGAACAUCUUGUGGUGGUUGGGCGGACUUCACUCGAAUCGUGAUCCACGUUGUAACUUGCCUGACAUGAUGUGAAUGUAAACUGAAAAAAAGAACGCCUGCCCCUCCCAAAGGUCUGACUUUGAAAUGAGGAGAAUGUAACCUGUUCAUCCUUACCCAUUGGGGUGAUUUAGUUUCUGAGCAGUUUCAGUUCACAUCUGCUCUUGUCAGCUAACAGUCCUGAUGUUAGAUUAAGAUUAUUAUUCAGAAGGGUUAAUUGGCUAGUUUUUGUUUGGGCGGCUCUAUAUUCUUAAAUGUGCAAGGGACGGGUGGGUUUAUAUACUGUUGUGUUAGAUGUAGAGGAAGCCAGUACUGAGAUGUAACAUGAAAUACUUGGAGCAGUUCGAUAAAAUUCAUCACAAUUACUGUUAGGUUAUUGUUAUAUGGGACUUUCCUAAGGAUGGUGUCAAAAUUUGUUGUUUUGUCGGUGCCAUCGCUCUUUGUCUGGAAAUAUUUUGAAAUCUCUCAGCCUUGCAUGAUAUUUUUUGAAUUGUAUUUAUAAGAUUAAGAAUUUCGACAGUAUUUUGGCUAACAGGCAAAAGCGGGCAUCAGACAUAGCAAAGUUUUUGCAGUUGCUAAGUUCACUGUAGGUGGCUCAGGUAGGAUUUAUUGAAGAUUAAACUGGGACUUCAAUGAAUCACUAUCCUGGCGUCGUCUUCGUGAGUGGAUCAUAUUCACCUGCAACCUUAGGAAAGUUUGCUUUAUCUUGCUAAAUAGUGAAUUACCUCGUACAACUGAGACGGAAAAAACUGCCUACUUCAUUGAAAGAUUAAUGUGCUUUCGAAUUUAACUCUUUUUGUGUGCAGUGAAUCUGUAGUUAAAAUCAUAACUAUGAAAUACAUGUAUCACCAUGUUUGAGCUAUGCUUUCACAUUUCACUGUCAAUAUCUAUUGGAAAUUAUAAUCUGUGCAGAGUGUAAUGAUAUAGAUAAAACAUUACCUGCAACCAGAAACUAUCUAUAUUUUCGGCCCUGUAAAGUUUAGUAAGUGUGAUUAAUGUUUAAGAGAAAAUAAUCAAGUUUCUUUCCAUACCACUCAUCCUUCUGAGAUUAUCUAGUUAAGCUCUGGCAUUCCAUUAUUUCAGUACAAGGAAAAAUAAAAAUUGUAAAAGAAUA